AUGCGUUUCCUCUACGCUGCUGUCGCUGCCCUUUGCGCCGUUGUGGUGUCGGCUCAAGAGAACAAUGCCAUCAGCAUUCCUGCGGGUCAAAGCACCUUGGAUGUGACAGCCGGUAGCCCUCUGACCAUUGAAUGGACCAACCCUUCAAGUGGCACCGUCACCAUUAAGUUGCAGCAAGAACCCAUCACCCCUGAAAGUGGCAUCACGUUGGCCAGUGGAAUCCUUGCCUCGACCGGAACUGCGACCGUUCAGAUCCCUCCUGCCGACGAAGUCAACUCUUUCCAAUACACAAUUGAGAUCAUUGACGACACCGACCCAAGCAACAUCAACUUCUCUCCCAACUUCGGUAUCCAAGGCGCCACCGGAACUCAAACUGGAUCUUCCUCAACCGCAUCUUCUACCGGCACCGCUAGCACGGGAUCCAUCACCAGUACUGCCACCAACUCGACCAUCACCGGGUCAACCGAGUCGACGACUGCCACCACCACGACGGAUUCUUCAAGCACCAGCGGCACCAGCAGCGAGAGCUCAGCGACCACCGCCAGCUCUGAGACGACUUCGGAGUCGAGCUCGUCAACUACCUCCGCCGCUGCCGCAACUGAGACCACUUCUGCUCCAGAUUCCAACGAAAACAUGGCCAGUAGUUUGAAAGUCCAGGGAAGCUUCCUUGCCAUGGCUGUCGGUCUCAUUGCAGUUUUGUAA